UGACAGUUUUUAUUUUGCGUUUCCUCUCGUUUAUCUGAAAUGUUCGACCGGUUCGGUUAAGGUUCGGACUGGAGCCUUUUUAAAGUCCAGUUUUAAAGAUGGAGGCCAUGAUGGAGGACGACGCGGUGGACGUUAAAGACGACCACAACCACAACUACUGUGGGAGCGGCGGCAGUGAAGUCCAGCUGUCGGUAACGACAGUCCCGCCGCUCGUCUCUCCAACGACGGUCUCUGGAGGGGAACCCGGGUCUCGGCAGGGCAAACUGUGCUCCGGCGGUUCCGUUGGGUCGAACUUCAUGGACUCGGACACGGGCAGCGAAAGCAGCGAAGUCGGUGAGGCGGAUUUGACGGCGCCAGCUAACAACACGGAGGGAAAAUUCAGUCCCGGUUCCACCUCAAAGUUCCUCCUGAACGCCAUGGCGGUGGAGGACUACAGGAAAAACCACUGGCCCAACCUGGAGGAAGCGAUCGACCGUCUGCUGAUUCAGAACCCCUCGGAUCACACGUCCGUGUCCUACGCACAGAUUUAUGGUUACAUCUACAAGUGUGUUUGUCAGCAGCACUCUGAGCUGCUCUACAGUGACCUGACAUCCAAAAUAACGAGUCACCUGCAGCAGGUUUCCACACAGCUACAGGCCAGCUCACCCGAGAACCUAAUCGAGAACUUCAACGUGACUCUAACACGAUACACAACUUCUCUUGAAUGUAUAGUUCCCGUGUUUAUAUACCUGAACAAGUUCUACAUCGAGUCCAAACUCAACAGGGACUUAAAAGACGACCUGAUGAAGCUGUUUGCUGACCUGGUGGCAGAGAAACAUUUGAACACGCUGAUGCCUCUUUUGAUCAAAGCUCAUUCGAUGCCUUUCCUAGUGCAGCCGUCGACGAUGGCCAGUGUGGUGAAAGGUCUCUACAGCCUCCGGCCAGAGUGGGCUCAGCUCGCCCCGGCGCUCUUCUCUGGCUUCAUUCCACAAAUCCACCCUCCUGCCGUGGAGUCUCGGCUGCCGGAUUACGCCGAUUACGACCGGAAGCUUCAAAUGGAGCUCUUCAUGAACGGCUUUCCUCGCGUCCAUCCCGUCCAACAAGGGACGUCUCUGUGGACGGAGGCGUUUGACAGUCGCCGCAGCGCCACACGUUUCCUGCAGACCACCGGAGAACCAGGAGGCCCGAGCACCUGCCGGGUCCAGGAUCUGACCAGGAGCGAGCAACCGGGGGACUGGAAUCUCCCCAAGUCAGCACAGGGGCGGUUGGAUCCUUAG